AAAUGUCUGAUGUAACAUGGAUUAGAAGCUUGGUAUCCCAGCUGGGCAAGAUCAAAAAAGGCACAAGAGCAAGACUUGCAACAGCUGGAAAGCAUUGGCUUGGAAAAUUUCUUGGGUGAGAAAAAGGAUUGAGAAAACUCACACAGGGCUCUAAUCCUCACCUGGGAAGCACUCGGUCUGUCAAGGCUCUACGGUGGUCUGAAUAAAAGCCUGAGCAGCUGAAAAUAUGUUUCCCCUUCCACGCUUGAACUUCAAAAGCGAGCAGUAUGAACCAAUUCAAGCCAUUGUGAAAGCGAUUCACGGAGAAGAGGCUCCAGCGUUAGACUUGGGAAAGAAGGUUAGCACUCCUCAAGAUCUGAUGAUGGAGGAGUUGUCCCUGUCCGUAAACAGGGGAUCGAGACUGUAUCAACAAAGGCAGAAGAGAGUGCAGCGUUUUGUGCUGGAGAAUCCUACAGGCCACAGAGUUGCCUCAAGCACGACAAGUGGAGGUUCACACCCAGAAUACAAUGGAGUGGAAACAACCAAAGGAUGGAAGUCUGCUCACUCCACAGAGGGCAAAGAGAACUAUCAGAAUGACAUACAUCUCAUGGAGGUUUCUGGAAAGAGAGUGCCUCCCCAAGUACCACAAAAAACAGGCAAAGUCUUGAGGAUGAGCAAAGCUCUGAACCCCAGUGCAAUUGCUCCAGGCUAUUCUGGACCACUUAAAGAAGUUCCACCAGAGAAAUUUAACCGAACUGCAAUCCCCAAAGGUUAUCAAUCUCCCUGGCGGGAAUUCUUCUGCAAUGCUGAUUACCAGGUAGAUGUAAAAAACCAUUUGCCUGAGCCGAGAAAAGUGAAUAAUUUGGACCUUAGGAAUUUCAAUAGGACUCCUACACCAUUUGGUGGGCCGUUACUGAUUGAUGGGUUCCCUGGGUUUGAUGUAGUUGUGCCUCCUACAGAUGCCAUGAAUGAUGUGAUGCUACUUUCAAACAGACCCAGCUUCAACAGAACACCUCAAGGAUGGAUACAGGUUAUGCCUGAAUCAGAGGAUCUGUAGAGACUGUCUCAUAGUUGUAUCUCUUAUCCCAAGAUCAAUACCUGCUUGAUGCCCAGUUAUUAACAAAUAAUUGCCAGAAGAGAAAUUUUUAACAUAAAACAGACAAAUCUCACACCAUGUAAGUAAAAAUAGCAGCUUUGGCUUAUUGCUUAUUGUUAAAUGCUCCUGCCUGGUGCCAUUUUGACUACAAGCUGUAACAAAUCAUGUAUUCACAGUAGGAUGAUUGCUUAAAACAGAGAUCUUCAAAUUUGGCCCUUUUAUGACUUGUGGACUUCAACUCCCAGAAUUCCUCAGCUAGUGUGCCUGGCUGAGGAAUUCUGGGAGUUGAAGUCCACAAGUCAUAAAAGGGCCACGUUUGAAGAUCCUGGCUUAAAACAUUGAAACAAGGAGUGAAAGGAAUUAUUAAAUCCAAACAGCAAAAAAAAAAAACAAAAAAAAACAUUUUUUUUAAAUGAACAUAAAUCUAGGGAUACGAGAAGAUAUAGUAGUGUAAAGUAGUGCAAGGCAUAUAAAGCCUGUAUCUGAUUGUAUCUGUCCUAUCAGAUCCAGCAGAAGAGGCAAGCUACAGGCCCCUAUUUGCAUACUAUCUGGAAAGACCCAGGAACAGAGCUUUUCUCUCUAAACAUCCCCCCAGAGAUUAGAUUUGCCCCAACAUUGGUGGCCUUUCAUAUAGCUUUCAUGUCCUGGUUAUUCCAUCAGGCAUAAGGAUUGGAAUAUAUGACAGAGCCUGUAGAAUGGAUCUAAUGAUGGCAAAACAAUUUUUUUUUAACCUUGCUGCCCUUUACAGAUUUAUUGAGGUGUUAUUUUUUAUUUUGUGAUCUGCUGGUUGCUACUCAGAUCCAUUUCAUUAGAUGGGUAGCCAUCUAAAUUGAAAUUAAAUUUUAAAUAAAAUAAAGCAGGUUAAAAUGAA